AAAAAAAGGGGGGGGAAGCGAAGAAGCAGAAACCUGAUGGCGAGGGAGGUGAGGGAAGAUGGGGGGGAAGAGAGAGAGAGAGUAAGUAGAUGGGGGGAAGAGAAGGAAGAGGGAGAGAGACCGAGACAGAGGGAGACGAAGAAAGGCGGAAAAGACGAUGGAGAGAAGCAACAGAACAAGUCAAGAACGAAAGAAACAAGAAGCGAAACGAAAAAACGACACUUUGCCGUGGCGGGCGUAAGAAAAAGUCACCGGAUUGGCUGGUUUGGGUUAUGUUUGGCUUGAUUUGUUCUCCGCCGAACCUCUUCUUCUUUACUUGCUUCUUCUUCUUCAGCUCAGAUACUCUAGAACAUCAUUCAUCUACAUUCUAUAUCUUUUGUAACAUUGACUAUAUCGACAAUCCCAUCGAUCAAGAUCUGACCAUAUCUUCUCCUUUCAUCUGACCUAUCUGACUUCUAUAUCCCACUGCCUCCGACGCGUCCCAGUCGGCCGGUCUGGCCGGUUUUCUGCAUCGGCAAGUUUAGUCUGGGAUUGGCGGCGCUUACAUGUUGCUAUGAAUAAACCCUCCCUCCAGACGCUAUUGCAACGCCAUCCAACCGUGUUUUCGGAUACAAGCCCCAAUUGCUUGUCUGUUUGCUGUGGCUCCACCACAACCCAAUGAUGAU